AUGGAGGAACAAACCCAGAGGUUAGCAGCGGAACCAGCGGGGAUCACACUGCUGCCCAGUGCCCUGUCAACCAGUGCCAGCUUCACCAUCAGUCUGUUCCAAAUGAUUAAUUACUCAGUAGUGUACCUACACUGCGAUCUCAGUGUCUGCCUGAGGAACGGCUCUGACUGUGAAAGGCAGUGCCUUCAGCAGAGGAGUGCAUUUUCCUUAGAGGGUCCAGAGGCUGUUGUCACCAAUCUCAGGAAUCGUAUAUCCUUUGGUCCCAUGUUGAAAGACGUGAAGAAUUCUACUGUCCCGGAGGAGAUAGACCCAUCAGAGCUGGACUUGGUUCUGGUCAUUGUUAGCUUGGUGGCUGGCUCCUCAGUGGUCACAGUGACACUGCUGCUGGUGUGGCUGGCCUACCGUCGCCGGGCAAUCUGGCUGCUCCACUCGGCAGCGCCGCCACGAGCCUGCUGUGGCUGUCUGCGCCCAGGAGGUGACUUGAUCCUACCGUGACCAAGGAGGAACCACUGCCAAUUACACUGAUCACGUCCUCACCAAAAUAGCAGCCGACAAUUACAUUAGUCAACAGACAGUGGAGCAGUCAAUCAUAUUAUCCAUAGAGCAGAGGCGGCCAGUCAGCCGGUAUAGGCCAGACUAGAUGAUGAGAAGCAAUCCAAUUUACACCUCCUCUCAUAGGUGACACAGCUGUUGCAGUUGAAUUCCACACUUAACCACGAGCAGUCUAUUAUCAUUCACUGGAAAUAAACACCAUCCUCAAAUAGAAAA